CGGCCAACAUGGCAGGAGGAAAGAAGAAAUCCUCUACUCUACCAUCAAAACUUCAGAAAACUCUUUCCUCCAUAUGGCAGGACAAACACAUGGUGUUGUUCAAAGCAGAGUACACGUUCUUGGUCACGGCCGUCCUUUGGUUCCUGGAAAUUGGGAUUAACAUAUGGGUGAUCCAAAAAGUUGAAUAUACAGAGAUCGACUGGAAGGCGUAUAUGGAUGAGGUGGAGGGAGUUAUUAACGGCACAUAUGACUACACACAGCUGAAGGGCGACACGGGGCCGCUGGUGUAUCCAGCUGGUUUUGUGUAUAUAUUCACUGGGCUGUAUUAUGUUACUGAUCAUGGACAGAAUAUUCGUUUGGGUCAGUACGUGUUCGCUGUGUUCUACCUCAUCACCCUCCUGCUUGUGUUCCGCAUUUACCAUUGCACCAAAAAGGUUCCUCCGUAUGUGUUCUUCUUUGUCUGCUGUGCUUCAUAUCGGAUUCACUCCAUCUUCGUCUUGCGUCUCUUUAAUGAUCCAGUGGCCAUGAUGCUGUUAUUCGGAGCCAUCAAUCUCUUCCUGGAUGGCCGCUGGACUCUAGGAUGUGCCCUCUACAGUUUAGCUGUGUCUGUGAAGAUGAAUGUUCUGCUCUUCGCUCCUGGUCUCCUCUUCCUCCUCCUGUGUGAGUUCGGUCUAUGGAAAACUUUACCCAAACUCACUCUCUGUGCUGUAAUUCAGCUGGUAUUGGGGCUGCCGUUCCUCUUGGUGAACCCGGUCGGGUAUUUUAGUCGGGCGUUCGACUUGGGCAGGCAGUUUCUGUUUAAAUGGACGGUGAACUGGCGUUUUCUUCCCGAGGAUGUGUUCUUGAGUCGAUACUUCCACCUGGCUCUGCUUUUGGCUCACAUUACUACACUGGUUCUGUUUGCGCUGAAAAGAUGGAAGAGAUCUGGGAACAGUAUUUGGUCUAUUCUAGCAGAUCAGUCUGAGAGAAAAGAGACUGUACACAAGCUCAAUGCUGAUCAGACAGUUCUGGUUCUUUUCACUUCUAAUUUCAUUGGCAUGUGCUUCAGUAGAUCACUGCAUUAUCAGUUUUAUGUCUGGUACUUCCAUACGCUGCCCUACCUGCUGUGGAGCGGAGGAGUCAAGAAACUUGCCCACCUGCUCAGGGUGUUGAUUCUGGGUCUGAUAGAGCUGUCCUGGAACACGUAUCCGUCCACCAACUACAGCUCUCUAUCACUGCAUGUCUGCCAUUUCAUCAUCCUGCUCUGUUUGUGGCUCAACCCGACCCCAGCUCUUCCAUCUCAGAAGUCAGACAACAAGGCUAAGCGCCAUUGAACCUCGACCUGACCGGGGCACUCGCUGUGUGGGACGAUCCCUGGCCUCCAGCCCCGUCUGCAAGCUCCUGUACCAGAGGGACACACAUGGGCGGCCAGGGACCUGUGCCCUGAGUCGGUAUCAGGGGUUUUUGGUAAUGGAGGUAGUGUGAAGUUAGUAUAUGGGGGUUUCAGAGAGUUUACAUGCUUCUCAGGAUUCUUUAGGACUAAUGUGAUGCAUAGUCAGGGAUGUUGGAGUGGGAAAUGUGAAUGAAUCUUUAUUGGAAGGACAUUUAAAAAAAAAAAAUUUCAUUUUUAUGCAGCAUAUCAACACAGUUGACCUUUGAAACCUCAAAGAUGUCUUCUUGUUGGCCAAUGGACUCAUUCAGGACAGUUUAUCUGUACAAGAUAUUAUAUAUAUAUAAUAGAAUAUCUCUGCAUUUCA